ACAGUUUUUAAAGGUUAUACUCCCUUUAUAGUCAUUAUAAAAUAUUGGCUGUAUUUCCUGUGUUGUACUAUGUAUUCUUGUAUCUUAUUUAUUUUAUACCGAGUAUUAUAGUUCGUUCUUCUCAAUCCCCUUCCCCUAUAUUGCCCCUCUCCCUUCCUUCUCCCCACUGGUAACCAGUAAUUUGUUCUGUAUAUCUGUGAGUUUGCUUCUUUUCUGUUAUAUUCACUAGUUUAAAAAAAAAUUUUCUUUUGGAUUCCACAGAUAACUGAUACCAUACAGUAUUUGUCUUUCUCUGUCUGACUUAUUUCAUUAAACAUAAUAAUCUCCAAGCCCAUCCAUGUGGCUGCAAAUGGCAUGACUUCAUCCUUUUUUAUGGCUGAGUCGUAUUCCACUGUAUAUAUGCACCGCAUCUUCUAUAUCCAUCCCUCUGUCCAUGGACGAUGGCCGUUUAGGUUGCUUCCAUGUCUUGGCUGUUGUGAAUAGUGGUGCUGUGAACAUGGGGGUGCAUGGAUCUUUUUUCUAAUGAGUGGUUUUGUUUCUUUCAGAUAAAUAUCCAGGAGUGGGAUUGCUGAAUCAUACAGCAUCUCUAUUUUUAGUUUUUUAAGGAACCUCCAUCCUGUUCUCCAUAGUGGCUGCACCAGUUUACAUCCCCACCAAUGGUGUAGGAGGGCUCCCUUUUCUCCACACCCUCACCAGCAUUUGUUAUUUGUGUUCUUUUUGAUGAAACCCAUUCCGCUGGGUGUGUGUGUGUGUGAGGUGAGAUCUCAUUGUGGUCAAAAAGGCAUCAUUUCAAAACAUAAAAUUAGAAAAAGCUCGUAUUUAAUGCCACUCUGACGACUUGAUAUCCACUUGAGACCCUCUGUUUUCGUCUUCUGAUUGGAGCCCAUCUGAUGGUGGCGUGUGGCACGCGUGCUUGCCGACCAGGUUUUCGGUUGGGGAGGUGGGUCGUCUUGGGCUGGCGGGGCGCUUGGGAACGUGGCCUCCGUCUGGAGAACAAGCCCCCCUGCUUGGCGUCGGGGCUCCUGGAUUUCCUAGAACAGGACAGAGUAAAGCAGCUCAGGUCGUCCCGAAUGAGCGAGGCCCGGCCUGGGUGGCGCAAUGGAGGGCAAGAGCCUGGAGGGCGCGCAGACCGACCUCAAGCUGGUGGCGCAUCCGCGCGCCAAGAGCAAAGUGUGGCGCUACUUCGGCUUCGACACGAACGCCGAGGGCUGCAUCCUGCAGUGGAAGAAGAUCUACUGCCGCAUCUGCAUGGCCCAGAUCGCGUACUCGGGCAACACCUCCAAUCUGUCCUACCACCUGGAGAAGAACCACCCCGAUGAGUUCUGCGAGUUUGUCAAGAGCAACACGGAGCAGAUGCGCGAGGCCUUCGCCAGCGCCUUCUCCAAGCUCAAGCCCGAGGCCGCGCAGCAGAGCGCGCAGGAGCCGCCGGCCGCCAAGGCGGCGGCGGCGGCGGCGGCGGCGGCGGUGCACGGCCACGAGGGUCGCAGGCAGCAGGAACUGACGGCCGCCGUCAUGGGCCUCAUCUGCGAGGGGCUCUAUCCCGCGUCCAUCGUGGACGAGCCCACGUUCAAGGUGCUGCUGAAGACGGCCGAGCCGCGCUACGAGCUGCCCAGCCGCAAGUUCUUCUGCGGCAAGGCCAUCCCCGAGCGCUACGGCGCCGUGCGCGACGCGGUCCUCAAGGAGCUGGCGGAGGCCGCGUGGUGCGGCAUCUCCACCGACCUGUGGCGCAGCGAGAGCCAGAAUCGGACCUACGUGACGCUGGCCGCGCACUUCCUGGGCCGCGCCGCCCCCCACGGCCUCUUCCUGGGCUCCCGCUGCCUCAAGACCUUCGAGGUGCCGGAGGACAACGCGGCCGAGACCAUCACGCGCGUCCUGUACGAAGCCUUCAUCGAGUGGGGCGUCAGCUCCAAGGUCUUCAGCGCCACCACGGACCGUGGCAAGGACAUCGCCAAGGCCUGCUCGCUGCUGGACAUCGCGGUGCAGAUGCCCUGCCUGGGCCACACGUUCGACGCCGGCAUCCAGCAGGCCUUCCGGCUGCCCAAGCUGGGCGCGCUGCUUGGCCGCUGCCGCAGGCUGGUGGAGUACUUCCAGCAGUCCACCGUGGCCAUGUACAUGCUGUACGAGAAGCAGAAGCAGCAGAACGCCGCCCACUGCAUGCUGGUCAGCAACCGCGUGUCCUGGUGGGGCAGCACGCUGGCCAUGCUGCAGCGUCUCAAGGAGCAGCAGUUCGCCAUCGCCGGGGUCCUCCUGGAGGACAGCAACAACCACCACCUCCUGCUGGAGGCCGCCGAGUGGGCCACCAUUGAGGGCCUGGUGGACCUGCUGCAGCCCUUCAAGCAGGUGGCUGACAUGCUGUCUGGGUCCAAGUACCCCACCAUCAGCAUGGUGAAGCCCCUGCUGCACAUGCUUCUCAACAGCACGCUCAACAGCAAGGAGACGGACUCCAAGGAGAUCAGCAUGGCCAAGGAGGUGAUCGCCAAGGAGCUCGCCAAGACCUACCAGGAGACGCCCGAGAUCGACAUGUUCCUCAACGUGGCCACCUUCCUGGACCCGCGCUACAAGAGGCUGCCCUUCCUGUCCACCUUCGAGAGGCAGCAGGUGGAGAACAGGGUGGUGGAGGAGGCCAAGGGGCUCCUGGACAAGGCCAAGGACGGCGCCUACCGCGCGCCCGGGGACCAGCUGUACGCCCCGCCCGAGGAGCCCCCCGUGAAGAAGCCGGCGCCCUCGGCCACGCCGCCGCCCGCCAGCGUCAUCCACGACAUGCUGGCCGAGAUCUUCUGCCCCGCGGCGGGCGUCGAGGACCAGGACGGCUGGCGCGCGCAGGUGGUGGAGGAGCUCAGCAACUUCAAGUCGCAGAAGGUGCUGGGGCUCAACGAGGACCCCCUCAGGUGGUGGUCCGACCGCUUGGCGCUCUUCCCGCUGCUGCCCAGGGUGCUGCAGAAGUACUGGUCCGUGGCGGCCACGCGCGUCUGCCCCGAGCGCCUCUUCGGCUCCUCGGCCAACGUCGUCAGCGCCAAGCGGAACCGCCUGGCCCCCGCGCACGUGCACGAGCAGAUCUUCCUGUACGAGAAUGCGCGCGGCGCCGCGGCCGAGCUGGAGGAUGAGGACGAGGGCGAGUGGGGCCUGGGCCACGAGCAGGCGUUCCCUCUGGGCGACGCCGGCCACGCCGGCUACUUCGGCCUCAGGGACGGCAGCUUCGUGUAGCGCGGCGGGGGAGGGUGGGGGGAGGGGACCGCGCGUGGGCGCCUCUCGUCGGAUGCUUGGCUGUCAGUACUGACUCCGCCGGUGGGCGCGCUGCCCGGGACAGAGGAAAUGCACAAAACAGAGAGAUGGACCUU